AUGAACCCGCCAGGGCCAGCACCAGAUGAGACCGAGCAAUCAAGGGAUGGAAUCUGGAGCUGGAGAAAGCAAAAACUUUUCGCCGUUCUCGUUCUUGCGGCAGGAAUUGCUAUAGGAACCACCCAGAUGCCGACGAUCUGGCGGUGGGUCGCGGGUACAUACUUCUACAAUGUCGAAUACGUCCUUACGGCUUCAGGGAAUGAUUUGAUUGAAGGCUUAUGUACUGGCGUUAAAUUUGCUAGUGAUCCAUGGAACACUCUGGUGGAUAGUGACUGGUUCAAAUUGCAAAGGUGCUUGGGAAAUGAGGAUGGGUUUAGAAGGCAGGGAGAGCUAAUGCUAGUGUUCUUUGAGGCGUUGUGGAUGUGUAUGCGAGGCUUUGGCAAGAUUUUGGGGCCACUCCCAUCGGUGGUAUUUAUUAUAUUCUUUGUGUUCUACUUUCUUCCUUGGUUAUAUAGUAGAAUUGAAAGGAUCGGCGCGUCUUUGGUCUAUACCAGAGGGCCUUCCCACUGCUGUUUUCUAUUAAUAUUUUUCUUGGCUGUUAUGGUGAUCGUUUGGUCACUGUUCCCCGCGAAGUGGUUUAUCAUGGUGAUGCUUUUGAUUAUAUUGUUCCUAGCCUUCUGCCCUUGCAUCUGCAUCGGGCACCGUGGGCGACCGUGUGGAGCAAUUAUUGAAUUAACAACCCCCACCGCGGAAACAGCCAGAUCUGCUGUACAUGGAGCCUCCAGGCCUAUGGGAAGUGCCGCCAACCUUACAAACCCGACUGCAAAGCCCAUGCAAGAAGAAGCACAACGGUCCACUACGGGGCAACUUGGUGCUGCCAGAGCCAACGUUAAUGUUUUAGAAGAAGGCAAUGGAAGGACCUCCCAAGCUAGCGCAACACAACGGGUUCUUCCCCAACCGGCGACAAACACAAGUCCCCAAGAAACUCAGAGCAACGGUGCACCAAUAGAAGGGUGGGAUAGUUCUCGAAUUGUAAUAUUUGCUCUGGCUAAUAGUGAAACUAGUAAGCCUAAGCUUCCCCAAGCGACGGCAAAUUCAAACUCCGGAAAGGUUCAGGGCAACACCACACCCGUGAAUUGGUGGGAUAGUCCGCGAACAGGGACAUUCCCCCUGGCCAGCAACGAAAGCGAUGGAGCUGGGCUUGGGGGAGUAACCUGGGGAAAUGCCCGGUUACUCAGGGAGUUGACGGAGCUCAGCAGCGAGAUGCAGACUAGGGUUAGGGCCCAUGAGCUCCAAGUCAAGGGCCUCGAAGCGCAACUGAAAUAUGCCCGAGAACAAGGCAAUUGCACGCAGGUACGGAAUGAGCUAGAUGCUGCUCGCACGCAGUUAAGGUUGCACGAGAGAGAUAUAAACAGUUUACAACUCCUAGCGGAGCAUUUGCGACAGCAGUUGGACAAUGCGAGAAACCCCAACUCUCAAGCUUUCCAAAGCGACGGUGCUUGCGUUGCCAAAUGUCGGAGGCUAGAGGAAGAGAAACAGCAUCUUCUCCAAGCGAAUCAAGAAGACAACUUAAUGGCUCAGGCCGUCGCACUGCGGUUCGGCAGCCCGCCCGAGGAAGCGAAGCACUAUACAUUGAAAGAGUACUUCCUGAAAAUUAUACAUAUUGUGGUCGGGCAUAUUGAGGCCGGCGGCAAUGUUAACCCUAGUGGCCAUCCGAUACUGAAGGCGAUUCACAAUGACGUAUACGAGCAACGGCUUUGGGAGCUCACAGAGUACAAGAACCAGUUGGAGGGUGAAGUUAGCCGAUUAGGGGGAGACGUACAAAGUACGCAGCUGGGCUUAAACCCAGCGCUGCCACCGCCUUAUCGCGAUCUAGCUUACGAAGACAAUAUGCGCCUUGUGUUUCCCAUCUAUCGAUCAUUAUGCCAAAAAGUGAAAUACCUCGAGGAUUUACUUGAUUCUGAGAACAGCGGGACAAUGCCUCCGUCGGCCAUUGGCAAUCCCCGGUCCGAUUUUCAUGACAAGCUAGAACAUGGGGUUAUUAGGUUGGUUGAAAACAGACCCGCCGUCAGUACAAACCCGAAGUUUGAGGAUAGCGAGAUGCUACUACAGAGCCUAUUAUGGGACGAGAUAUCUCGCUUGGUAAAUCGGGGAAGUCAAUUGUGUACUUUCAUCGAAACCCUUCCACGGGGUAAUAGCCCUCUUUGGGGAAGCAAAGUUGAUACGCCACUAAGAGAAGCUCGACAGGUGUGCAGAGACGCUACGAUGCAUAUCCUAAACGAUCCCAGGCCUCUUGAAAAGCGAACCACAUCUAUCGAGAACUGCCGAUUGGCCGCGAGAGUUAGACGUAGGUUCAAGAUCUGGUGCGCCAUGGAGGAGGCUAUUCGAGCACUGGCCAAUGCCAUUACAUCCUUCAAUGGCACGCCUCCGGCAUGGACAACGAAUCCAGCGCAACCCCAGCCAAGCCUUGUGCCAAAGAAGUCAUUCGAGUCACUGACGACGGCACUCAUGAAGCGUGAAAUUAAUACCCUAGACCAUCGUAUAGCACAGCUUUUGGAGUUCAUGGAGAAUGAGAGAUUGCCUGGUACGAACCAUGGGAAAACCCGUAUCCACGGCCCUCCGCGUUAUCAAGAAGACUGGGACGCUCUGAAAGCCGCGAAAACUUUCGCAGUACUGGCCAGGGUGCACUGGUAUGACGAAUGCUCCCCAAAAGCUGCCACGCAACCGAAACUUCCAUUAGACCACCCACCACUUUUGCACGCUGUGAGACGAAGAAAAGGGAAGAUUCUCGUCCCGCAGGUCCCCUCAUUCCCAUGGAAGCUACAGAAGGAUGGACAGCUAAGAGGAGUUGCGGUGGCAGAAGCCCCGGAUGGUGCCGAUGAUGGUGGCCCACAAAGUCUCGUCGUCGUGGAUGAAGGUGCCCAAGUAGAAUGGAAGCUCCCGCGUGCUGGCGAGGAUCAGAGGGCCGUAACUGGUGGCUCCGAAAAAGAGAGGAAGAGCCGGUACUGGCGAAACUACAAUCGGGUCCAACAGCUAAUCCAAUGCCUCCAAGAUCCGGACCCAACGAUCCCAACCCCAACACUAUGGAAGUUGCGAUCAGGACAGGAUGUGAACAUGGCGCUGGUUCAAGCAAAGGAGUCGCUCUUGAUAGAGCAUGUCAAGAACCUAGAAGGGCAGAUGCUGGAUAGUGGACUUCCCCUACCGGGUCGGCCAGAUGAAGAAUGCGACCUGUAUCCAUCGAAACAAACUAGUUAG